GCUUCCUCCCCGCGUGCCGAGCCGCCCGGCGCCUUCUCCUCCGAGCAGCCGCUGCUCUUCCUCGCCUCACACCGAGACCCCCUUCCUCCUCCCUGUCCAAGCGCCGGCGACGCGCGAGCACAGCCGAGCAGAGACCUUCCUUCUGCCCUAGCCGACUUCACUCUCCGCCGUGCCGAUCUCCCAUCGCCAGCCACUCGAGCAGCGCCGGUCAAGUCGAGAUUUCCUCAGCCCUAUCGUCGGCCCCUCCUCUGUGCCGAACCCCAGUGCAGAACGCCACCACCGGCCGAGUCUUUUCCUCUCUUCCGGUCGAGUUCCAUCUGUGCCCUAGACCGCCGACUCUUGGUGUCUCCUCAUCGCGGCACCAGCGGGUCUUUUCUUGCUGCUGCUCUCUACUGGUUCGUCACCGCAGUGACUUUGGGGGAAGGAGGUUACCAAUCUGGUUUGUCUUGUCACUUACUCACUAGGGGUAUCCGGUGCGGAAAUCGCAUCCUGGUAGUGGUGAAUUGUUGUGGGUCUUUUCCUGAUCCGAGCAGCAAGGUAAAUUUCCAGCAGGUGCUCCAUCGACAAAUUUACGACAAAUAUACGAAUUUGGGACUUUGACGCGGACGAGCACUUCGACACAGAGGUCAUUUAGCUCGAUCUAUAUUGGAGUUAUCAGAGUAGGGUUCUGGGCAUUUCAACCGCCUUUGCCUAUUAAUUAUGGCCUCGUCCAGACAAUUUAAAUUAGCGAAGGAGAGUGAGCUCAGAGUCGAGGUUGGCCCUGACAUGCCCCUUCGCAUUCGCCUCCUCUCUGGCACAGCUGAAAUAUUUGGUACUGAGUUGCCUCCUAGCAAUUGGCUCUCCAUCUCACCACGCAGCAAAAUCGCAGUGUUCACUUGGAACGGCGCCACGAUUGAGUUGGAUGGAAUCAGCGAAGUGGAGUAUGUGGCAGAUGAGACACCCAUGGUGAGCUACGUGAAUGUUCAUGCCAUACUUGAUGCAAGAAGGGCUCAAGCAAAAGCAUCACAUAGUAGCAAUGUGGACUCUCCGCAGGGCCCUAGGGUGAUUGUUGUGGGACCCACAGAUUCUGGGAAGAGUAGCUUGUGCAAAAUGCUUCUAAGCUGGGCUUGUAAACAAGGAUGGAAACCGACCUAUGUGGAUUUGGACAUUGGUCAGGGCUACAUAACUAUUCCUGGCUGCAUAGCUGCUACUCCAGUUGAGAUGCCUAUAGAUGCAGUGGAAGGAAUUCCUCUAGAAAUGCCUAUUGUGUAUUUUUAUGGGCACACAUCUCCUACUGCAAAUGGUGAUCUUUAUAAAGUGUUUGUGAAGGAGUUGGCUAGAACCCUAGAGAGGCAGUUCUCUGGAAAUGCUGAAGCUAGAGCUGCAGGCAUGGUGAUUAAUACUAUGGGAUGGGUGGAAGGCCUUGGUUAUGAGUUACUUCUCAAUGCUAUUGAUACAUUUAAUUGUGACGUGGUUCUAGUCUUGGGCCAGGAGAAACUUUGCAGCAUGCUUAAAGAAGUUUUAAAAACCAAGCCUAAAGUAGAUGUUGUGAAACUCCAUAAAUCUGGAGGGAUAGUUAUGAGGAAUCAAAAAGUACGCCAAAAGGCUAGGAGUUUGAAAAUCAGAGAAUACUUCUAUGGGCCUAUAAAUGAUCUCUCCCCACAUUCAAAUAUUGUCAACUUUAGUGACAUUUCUGUUUAUAGAAUUGGUGGUGGCCCACAGGCUCCUCGUUCUGCACUGCCUAUUGGUGCGGAACCUGUAGCCGACCCUACUCGAGUAGUUGCUAUUAACAUAAAUCGUGACUUACUCCAUCUUGUUCUAGCUGUUUCAUAUGCAAAGGAGCCUGAUCAGAUUAUAUCCAGUAACGUUGCAGGGUACAUUUAUGUCACCGACAUAGACGUUGUGAGGAAGAAGAUCACAUACCUCGCACCUUGCCCUGGCGAACUCCCAAGUAAACUCUUAAUUGUUGGAACUUUAACAUGGUUGGAAGGUUAACGAUGUGGGUAGUGUUUGGCUACCGGGAGGAGGAUUAGUCUUUUAGAAUUUGCUUUUCAUCAGUUAGAUUUUGGUAAAAAUAAAUAAAUUUGUCUUUCUACUAUCAAAGGUGUUUAAAGGGCAUACUUGGUAUUAUAAAUCGGGCAUGUUUUUACUUGGUUAAUUUUUGCUCUAUUUACUUGGUCAAGUCAAUCAACUUUUUUGACUCAA